GCAAGUUGCCUUGGCGUUAGCCUCUCAGCUAGGUUGACCACGGUGGGCUAACAAGACCGUAACAACAUAACGUGGAUGUACAUAAAUGUUACGUUUUUGCUGUUGUAAUUUGCAGAGUAUUAACACACUAGAAGCCGUGUUAUCCAACCACAAAUAUGCCUCUCCGGGCCGGUGAGUGGCAUGGCGGGCGCAGGUUUAUAUGCUUCCUGAUUUUGACCGUCACAUUUUUGUCAGCCGGAGUUUUUGCAACUCAAGAGGAGAAUAAAGUCAUUGAAGAGGAACAGCCUGUGCAGCUCCAGAAGGCCACCACCGGUCAUGCACCUGACCCAGCAGUUAGUGUCAAUGAGCCCAAUAAAGGAGACCUUGGCUUUAUUCAUGCCUUUGUGGCAGCCAUUUCAGUCAUCAUUGUCUCUGAACUGGGAGACAAGACGUUCUUCAUCGCAGCAAUCAUGGCUAUGCGCUACAAUCGCUUCACUAUUUUGGCGGGUGCCAUGUUGGCUCUUGGACUCAUGACGUGUUUGUCAGUCCUGUUCGGCUAUGCAACUACCAUUAUUCCACGGAUCUACACCUACUACAUAUCGACAGUGCUUUUCGCCAUCUUUGGCUUGAGGAUGCUGAGGGAGGGAUUGAGGAUGAGUCCUGAUGAAGGGCAGGAGGAGCUGGAGGAGGUCCAGGCAGAGAUAAAGAAAAAAGAUGAGGAGCUGCAACGCUAUAAGAUGGCAAACGGAGCACCCGAUAUGGAGGAAGGGACUGCAGCGACCAUGUUGCCCCAGAGAAAGUGGCACAGUGUGAUCUCACCCAUUUUCGUUCAGGCACUCACCCUCACCUUCCUCGCUGAGUGGGGCGACCGCUCUCAGCUUGCCACCAUUGUACUGGCUGCGAGAGAGGAUCCAUUUGGAGUAGCAGUCGGUGGAACUUUGGGACACUCCCUGUGCACAGGACUGGCUGUUAUUGGUGGAAGGAUGGUGGCUCAGAAGAUAUCCGUCAGAACUGUUACAAUCAUCGGUGGAAUCGUAUUCCUCGCCUUUGCAUUCUCCGCCCUCUUUAUCAAGCCUGAUUCUGGAUUCUGAUUGAAGAAGUGACUCUUGGUUUCAUUUUGUACAUAUAAUCGCCAGAAGACAACCCAUACAAAGAGAGACUGUGUGAGAAAUGUGAAUGUCUAGAGUGUUACUCGUGUGUCCGUGUGUGUGUCCGUCCGUGUCCAAGACUGAAUGAAUGAAUGAAUGACAAUUUACUGCUCAUUACUUUCAACCAGAUACACUGGUCUCUUUUUAGGUGAUCACCAUAUUCCUCCAGUAUGCCACCUAAAGUUUACUUGAACUACCAGUCAUAUUUCGAGGGCUGGCACAUACGUAAUGUUUUAAAUAGCCAAAAAUGAACCUUUUUUCAUAUAAUUUUACCUUGUGUUUGAGCAGUGCACUUUGGGUAAAUGCUGGCCAUUAUCUAAUAUAUUCAAGCCUAAUUCAUCUUCACUACAAGAGCAGUAAAACUAAUACCAGAUCAGCCACCAAAAAUAUCCUUCACUGUCCCCAUGACAUUCUGUGCUGUUAACCACUUCACAGCAGUAAAUCUACUUGCAUCUCAAGAGCAUUCAGUGGGUAAGAACAUCAGCAAUAUAACAGUAUAUUAUAAUGUAUUCCUUCAACAAUAACAAACAUGCUAGAUGUGAAUGUUGUUUACAUAGGACUGUAAUGAAGCAUGGAACUUUGCGUGUGCAAUACAGUAAAGUCCUACCUGUUGAUGAUGGGCUUUUCUAUUUUUUAUUCAUACUGCAAUAUCAAGUCAAUGGCUAAAAACACACUGCCUCUAACCAAAAGUAGUAUAACUUUGUGUCAGAUUUAAUUUACACGUAGACAUUCAUCACAUGUGGCCUUUAAAUCAGACACAUUAUUUACUGGUCAUUUUUCAAUUCUAAAUUAUGUUCACAAACACUUAAUAUGCCCUUCUGCUUACUGAAGACUUAUGGACAUUAUGGUCUGCUUUUCACAGACUCCCUUCAAAGAAGCACACUUGUAAAAUGUUGAUGGAAUCUGCUCAUAAAGAGUAAUUUAAGGAAUUUUGAAGACAACUUUUUUUUUUUUUUUUUUUUGGUAGGGGGCGUAGUUUUUAUUUAUUCUACUAGGAGCACAGGAAUUAUGAGAUUUUGUCAAGGUUGAAGAAUUGUAUGUGUUUAUUAGCCAAGGAGGGGGUUAGCUUUGCUGUGGUUGUUUUUUGUAAUGUUUUUAGGGUGACUUGACUUUAUUGUCAAUAUUUGACAUGGGUUGUUUAACUUUGGAAAGUGUGUUGAAUGAUCUGUCAUAGAGGAAUUUAACUACAAAAACUGUGAUUCCUGUAAAUAUUGAAUAAAAGUAUCAGUG